UCCGAAGGGCUGAAAUUUCGUUUCGGAAGGCAUCGUCUUGAGCAGUCUUGACCAGAAAUGCCUUUGCCUCCUCAUUCUGCUCUGGUGUCAAUACGAUGGAUACCGGGUCACCAGCAGGCUUCGUUCUCGCCUUAAGCCUUAGAUUCUUUAUAAAUCGCUUGCAGUAUGCAAUAAUGUGCAGUAAUUGGGAGUAUGAUGACCACCUUUUGAACCAAGGGUUAACUGCAGGCGAUGCGCUGGCAACAGCAACUAGCAAACGCGUUUCCUUUUCGAUACCGGUCGGUAGUAGAGGUUCAGAUGUAGGCCAUUCAUUAGAAGGUAGCGCCAGCCAAGCUGGCCCAGAGAUCCAAAUGCUGCUUUUUAUAAAAUCGGGUGCCGUCAUGCCCCGCGAAACGAGAUCAGCCGGGUUCUGCUGUCCAGGUAUUUGGAGCUGCUUUGAUCCAAUGUAGUGUAAUACUGGAAUCGGACCAGAAAUGUACCGACUGCACAGGAAGCUGAAUGGCUUUGGCAAUGUGCUCGUACAGAUGAGCCCCUAAUACGGCACCGCAGAGUUCUAAACGAGGCAGGCUUAUACGCUUCAAUGGAGCUACUCUAGAUUUCGAUGCAAGCAAAGAUAUUUUAAUAUUCCCCUCGGCAUCCUCGCACCUUGCAUAAACGCAUGAGCCAUAUGCCGACUCUGAAGCAUCAGUAAAUAUGUGCAGUUGCACAUUCGAUCGUAAGGCGAAACAGUAUCGUUCGAUUCUAUAGCAAGUCAGAAUCUCCAACUUCUCAUAAAAAUCUUUCCAUUUCAGCCCAAAUGACUCUGGUACAGUCUCAUCCCAGCCAAUCGAUAGCGCCCAAAGCUGCUGCAUCAUUAUUUUUGCUCGCACUACGACAGGAGCGAUAAGACCCAACGGGUCAAAUAAUCGAGCUAUCUCCGAACAAAUGCUCCGUUUAGUAGAGGGUAACUGCAGUGGCUUGAUGCUUGAUGCAAAGCAUAAAUUAUCGCGCUCAGGUUCCCAGCAGACACCUAGGGCUUUUAUAGUUUCGUCGGUAUCAAACUGCAGUGAUGAUUUGGUUCCGAUUUGAGAAGCAUCGAGCUCUUGCAAAACCUCCAAACGAUUUGAGGUCCACUUUCGUAAUGGAAAGCCGCCCUUUAGCAUCAUUCCAGUUAGCUCCG